GACGACACUUCUGCGCGCCGGAAGAGAAAGAGGUUCCCGGCACUACGCGGCAGGUAACGCCGCUCCUAAGAUCUGGUGCCGCUAUGCGGAUCACUGGGAAGACUUUCCGCCGGCGGCGGGCUGACUCGGAGUCGGAGGAAGAUGAGCAGGAAUCAGAGGAGGUUCGGUUAAAACUUGAAGAAACCCGAGAGGUGCAGAACUUAAGGAAGAGGCCAAACGGGGUGAGUGCUGCUGCCCUGCUGGUGGGAGAGAAGGUUCAAGAGGAGACUACUCUGGUGGAUGACCCUUUCCAAAUGACGACAGGUGGCAUGGUGGACAUGAAGAAGCUGAAGGAGAGGGGCAAAGAUAAGGUCAGUGAAGAGGAGGACCUGCACCUGGGGACAUCCUUUUCUGCAGAAACUAACCGGAGAGAUGAGGAUGCAGACAUGAUGAAAUACAUUGAGACAGAGCUGAAGAAGAGGAAGGGGAUUGUGGAGCAAGAGGAACAGAAGGCCAAGCCUAAGAAUGCUGAGGACUGCCUCUAUGAGCUACCAGAGAACAUCCGUGUCUCCUCUGCUAAGAAGACGGAGGAGAUGCUGUCCAACCAGAUGCUGAGCGGCAUCCCCGAGGUGGACCUGGGUAUAGAUGCGAAAAUAAAAAAUAUCAUUUCCACGGAGGAUGCCAAGGCCCGGCUGCUGGCAGAGCAGCAAAACAAGAAGAAGGAUAGUGAGACAUCAUUUGUGCCCACCAACAUGGCCGUGAACUAUGUACAGCACAACCGCUUUUAUCACGAGGAGCUCAAUGCACCCAUCCGAAGAAACAAAGAAGAGCCCAAAGCCCGGCCCUUACGAGUGGGUGACACGGAGAAGCCAGAGCCUGAACGGUCUCCUCCCAACCGCAAGCGUCCUGCCAAUGAGAAGGCCACAGAUGACUACCACUACGAGAAGUUCAAGAAGAUGAACAGGCGCUACUGAGACAGUGGUAGGGGCUGGAUAACAAAACCAAUGAGAAGUUUAAGAAGAUGAGUGGAUAGCACAUAUGCACACAUGCUCACAUGCUCACACAUUUCCUGGUGCAAACAGUGCCCUACAUAGAACCUGCUUGUUAGCUAAUGGGUUCCCCAUCAGAUGGUACUUUUGCUUACCUGCUAGAUUUCUAUUCUGGGUUUUGGUUGGAGACUGUGCCUCCCUGUGUAUUCCUUAAACGCUCUCUUCCUUCUGGGAUUUUAGAGGCCCCACCACACCUGACUGGCAAUUUCAAGCACUAACUUUGUAACUUUCAAAACAAGACAAUGUAUCUAUGUCUUUAUUGUUUCCUACCUGGGACAAACUAGACCUACUAUUCUCAAGAGUGUUAUUAAAUUGCUUUAAGAUUUA